CAUAUGUAAAGUCCUAAAGAACCGCCAAAUUCGAUAUCAAACCAAAAUAGUCCGUUGCGAAAAUUUUCUCUCUAUUUGUCGAGAAAGUUUAAGCAGAAAUGGAAACUGGAAUUCUCAAUGUCGAUUGCUUCACCACCAGUCCCAACGAAGCUCCAGAAAACCUAACCUUCCUUCAACUCCCAGUCCCUCCCACCCCUCCCUCCUCCCACAACUCCACGUUCUUGGACCUCCUUCGGCUCUGCUUAGAUUCCCAUUUCCAAGUCUCGCUCCGAAUCGACAAAUUGCCAAUUGACGCCGCUCUCUCCAAGUUCUUCUCCGAUGUUCUUCCUCAGAACAUCGACGCCGAUUUCGCAGAUUUCGAGGCCGAUGUUCCGUAUUCCAGUUGGAAAACUUCUUUCGCUUCGGCAAGCAACGAUGAUCAACUUCCGGAGGAUGAAGCUGAGAUUCUUAAUGAAGAGAAGGAAGUGGAUCAUCACAGACCUCCAGAAUCCGAAACUGUGGAGAUUGAAGUUCCAAAAAAGAACGGUGGAAGUACAGCUGAUUAUAAAAAUAGACAUCCUUACGAAGUAAUCCAAUUUGAAACACCAGAGCUGGACGCGUUCUUGGAAAAUGAGUCCCUUUUUGAAAAACGCGAGAUUCAUAUUCUUUCAGAAGUUCCAGAUAUUGACAACAAUUUUGAACUGCUCAAGCCAGGGCUUGAAGUGCAGUAUUCAUCUAGACUUCAAGAAUCAAUUUUAUCAGUUGAAGACAUUGCACUAGAGUAUCCCAUGGAGCAGAAUGCUAAUCUGUCCGUAGAAAAUGGUUCUUUUGAGGACAAAAUUCUCUUCAAUCAACCAACCUUCCCCUUGGUGGAAGUGGAUGAGAUAGUUCUGGGAACUACGGCCGAGUUUUCUUUAGAGGUUGAACUUCUUUCAUUCCUUGAAAAAGCUAAACUGCAACAUUGGACUGAUCUGGAUAUCAACUGGAAGGAUCUUUUAGACUUAAAGAAGUAUGACGUAUCAAAUCUUCUUUCAGAUUAUUGUGCAUCAGGAGAGUUUCAUGAAUCUGAGUUUGGAUCCCUGGAAAAUUUCCCAGAAAUGGACUUGAUAAGCAUGUUGGAAAUUUCACAGGUUCACUUGAACUCUGCAUUUGCAGGGAUAUUGGAUUGCGAUUCAUUUCUAUUAGAUGGUUCAGUUUUUCAGGAAUAUCAGAUUCUAGAUUUGGAUUCAUCACAAGUUUUUGAAGUCCUCUUUGACACGCUGAAAACCAAUGAACCAGAAACAUGUGGCUGGAUGUUCAAUGAAGACAUGGACUUCAAGAAUUUCAAUAAAUUGAUAGUUAGCCAUGAGCUAGCGCUCGUAGAUGAUAUAUUCAAAUCAUUGCCCGUACCUUUUCUGGAUCAGGAGAAGCUAAGGUCAUUGAAUGCCAUUAUUGAAGAAAAACUGGCUGAUCUAAAACCUCAGCCCCUUUCUUCACUGGACGAAAUUUACUUGGAUUGGCACCUUCUUGAGGAAGAUAAAUAUAGCUGUAAAACUUAUUUUGACUAUGAGAAUUUUUUAGAGUAUAUGGAUUCACCAAGUGCUGAUUUUGACUGGGAUUCUUCUGAUGAUGGAAAGUUGGUAUAUGACUUGGUUUUUUCUGAUGAUGACAUACAUGAGCUUAACGUGGAUGAAAAAAGGGAAUCAGACAAGUUGUUCUCUGAUGUGGCUAUGUUUACUGAUACUAUUAUGGUAGCUGAUUCAAGCAAACUUAGGGGUAGUUUUCCACAAGCAGAAGAUGGAGAACAAUUAGCUAAACAUGAUGCUGACAGGGCUUCAUUGUUACGCAAAUCUAUGUCACAGUUCAAUGACCUUGACUUUUUCUUGAACCCUCAGAAAGCCACCGAUAGAAAAAAUAGUGACUCUGUUGUUGAUGCACUUAGUAAUGAUGGUAUUUCUACAAAGAUUCCACCUAGUAACUCAUUUCCUUCUGUUUCCCAGGGAGGAAAGCCUCAGUCUGGUUUAGCUAUGAAUGAGAAUACUAACAAGCAGGAGAAACUCUUUGACCUUUUGCCCAUGCAGGACAAGUCCAAUAUGAGAUCUAUGAAAACUGCAAAUGAAGCUGAAGCUAACAAUAUGCCACCAUUUCCUCCUAAGCUGUUUGCGAAGGAAUCUGAGCAUAUUCAGCGGAGCAUGAUGUCAUUCCCUGAAAGAUUAAUUAUUGUUAACACUCAAAAUUUUGAUAAGGAAAUGAUAGUUUCCAGAAGAAGUACCUAUCAAAGAAUUCUUGCAAUGGAGAAGGAAGGGGCACAAGUUGUGGAGCGUGAUUCAGAUUUACCUGUGGAUGUCAUAAUUAGUUCGGCAAUUUGUUUAGUGUGGUAUAAUUGCAGAAAUAUUGGAAAGAAAGCAACAGCUGCAGAUGAAGCUUCGUCUUGCUUACCUUUGUGCAUUGACAACAUUGCAACAAAUGUUUUGACGUUGCUGAGUUUUACUUUUGGUGGUUGCAUUCUGAUCUUUGAGGGAGAUGACAGCUUCCUAUCUACCGUAAUGGAAUUCUCAGAUGGACUUUAUGCUGCAGCAGGGAGCCUGGGAAUUGAUAUGCAGCUUUUUUUUUCCUAUUCAUCUGAGUCGACUGAUGAGAUUAUAUUGAACUGCAUUGCACAUGCCACUAAGUUGACUAAGGGUGUGUAUCCUAGAAUGCCCGAGUCAGAAACUCUUGCAGAAUCAUUCCUUACAAAGUUCCCUUCAAUUAAUCCUUUGACAGCUCAUGCAAUACUGUCUUCAGGAGGCAUGCUCAUUGAGUUUCUUGAAUGGUCACAUGAGUGCAGAAUCCAUGCAAUCAGAAAAUAUCAUGUUCCUGAUGAAAGUAUCACUCUAUUUACUGCUCUAUGCAAGUACGGCGAGCGAGAGGAUUCUAGAUCAAUAAUGACAGACUGCUCCUCGGUUUCUUCCGGUACUGACUCUGGAAGGUUCAAUUUGAAUGUUGCUUCUGAAAGAAAAAGACGGAAGUACAACUAUAGUCCUGACAAAUGUGAUAUAAGCAUCGAGGAUUUAUUAUGCAUUGAUCCAUCAGACCAGUUCACUAAAGACAACCUGAAUCCUUCUUCACAGAAGCCACAUGAUUCAUGGAUGUCAAAAGACCCUGAGAUAUUUGAUGAGUUGAGAAAGACUAGAUUACCCUCUCAGAAUUUUGUUUUUGGCGAAGAACAGGACUUUGAAACGGCAAUGAUGAUGAACCCUUCCAUCAUUGAAGAGCCUUAUGAUACAAGGAUGUCUAAAGGGCACCGGAUGUUAAAUGAGAUCAGAAAUCCCAGCACAUCCUUGAAUCAUAAUUUGUUAGGUAAAAAAGAGGAAUCAGUUAUGGCUACAGUAAACAACUUUGAUUUGCUUAAUGCCAGUAAUUCUGAGAUUCUGCAUGAGGAUCAAAAAGGUGAAGUUAUUGAUCUAACUGAUAGUCCUGUAUUUGCUGAGGACAUUUCUAUUGACAAUUCUGUGAAAUUUUCUAUGAUGUCUGAAAUGGAAAAAGACUCAAAAAGAAAGUUUAAGAGUGCAAGACGACUGUCGUUUGGCAAAAUUAGUCACUCUGCUUUCCAAGCGGAAGUUUACUCAGAUUCAGAUAUUUGGAAUCCCAAAAAAGCUCAAAAAAAGACUUCACUAGUUAAAGCCAGCAAUUUUGCAUUUACAGAACUUGAAAAUGAUCCAUCACCUCUGAAAUACCGUAAAAAGCUCUUAGAGGGUUACAAAGAGAGGUCUGUAGAAAAAUCUCAGCAGUCACAGUUCCAAGAGGAGACUUUACCUUAUGGAGGAACACCACUAUCCAAUGCCCUCCGUUUUGCUAGUCCUGAACAAAAUACUCCCUGGACAAUAGAGUUUCUUAACAGAAUCAGGGAAAAGAGCAGGCUGCGUCAGCAGUCACUUCCAGGUGACAACUCUGCCCCUUGUUUGGGGUAUCGAGGGAAUUUAUCAAAGGAUACAAAGAGAAGCCCCUCUAUUCUCGACUUUUUUAGGUACCAAGGCGGCAGCACUCCAAGGAAGAUACCAGAACAAAAGAGGCAGAAGCAAUCUGUACAAUCAUCAAGCUCAUCCAAGAAUGAAAUAAGUUCGGUCUCUAUUCUUCCUACACGGACACCUGCUGAUAAGAGAGCAAGACAGACACUAUCCUUUGCAGUAAAUAAUGGUGGAAACCAAACAAAGCUGGUAUGGAGUGAUGAAACUCACCAUCUAGGCAAAAAGUUACAGCGUCAAAUGUGAAAUAGCAUGCUGUUGAUCCUGCAGGUUAGUUCCUAAUCUGUAACAUGCUCGUGAAAAAAAAUAAAAUAAAGCUUGGUUGGAACAUAGCAAAGCAAUCAUAUCUAUUUUCCACAAUUCGUUAAUGAAUUAAGUGUUUUAUUCUGCCAGCAAAAAUAUACUGUAAUUGGUAUUGCCAUAGCACAGUCAUUAAAACAUUUGCGUGGACUAUAUAUGUAGCUGAUCCCUCAUUGGUAAGUUCAAACAUACGUUU